AUGGAUUGUAUUCGACAAGCUAUAUUAAGAAUAUACAAUAUGCAAUCAUCAUCAUGGAUGACAUCUAAUAAUUCAAAUAUUCCUACAAAUUCAUCUAAUUUGUGGUCCAAUAGAGGGUAUCGAAAACGUAAAGUAGAUACGAGUGAUUUUGAAGAAAAAUAUCAAAAUAAAAUAUUUCUAACUGAAGAAAUAUUAAUUAAAAAUAUGCAAACACUUUCAUUAGAUUUAUCUGAAAAUAAAAAUACGUCAAUCUCUUACAAUUCACAAGAUGAUGAAGAAGAGAAUAUUAAUCAAAAUGAAACAGAUAAGUUAUCUCGAAAAGAAACACGAUUUGAAAUACAUAAAUUAUUAAAAGAUAAUUUAAGAAAAAAUGAUUUACAAGAUAGUUUAAUUAAUAAACUUUAUGAUUUUGAAUGUAAAAAAUUGUCUAUGCAAAUUGUUCCUUAUAUGCCAAUUUAUCCAGUGCAAUUCAAUAAUAAUAAUCCAAUGAUGGAUGAAAAAGAACAAGAACAAGAAAAUCAAAAUCAAAAUUCAUCUCCUAUUAUAGUUAAAGAAACAAAAAAAGAAGAUGAUGAUCUUUUAUUCAAACGACCAUUUCCAUCAACACCUUAUACAGUCGAAGAACCACUUGAAAAUUCAACUAAACGAACUUCAAAAAUGAAAAGGAGUUAUUCUCAAUCUGUAAGAUAUAAUAGCAAUCUAUCAGUAAUUGAAUUAAAAAAUGAUACAGAUGAUUGUUCAUUUCAUACGACAGAAUCAGAUUAUUUUGUUAUUGAACCAAGUACACCUGUGUAA